AUGGAUCACAGCGAAAGCAGUCAAUGCGCUUCACUACUCUACUCCCAUGAAGAUCAAGCCCGUAUUGGUGAUCUUUUCACCGCACAAGUUAUCACCUUCAAAGCUACCGGCCAAAUUCCCUUAAAGAUAGGACAGCCACACAAGGUCAAAUUUCUGGUAGUCUUUAUCUACAGUUUCGUCAUCAUCUCACAAACAUUCUUUGUGGGUAUGCUUUUCCUGAAGACAUCUUACGAUAUGCUAAUCAAUGGAAAAUUGGAAGAGAUUACUGACGCGGUCACUAUGACCAUCAUAUUUUGGUUCAGCACUUAUGCUGCCUGUUACUGGCUACUGAGAUCACGUCGCUUGUUCGCAUUUUUGCAGUAUAUCAACCAAUAUUAUUGGCAUCAUUCAUUGCCCGGUCUGAGCUUUGUAAGCUGGCAUCGGACAUAUGUGUUGUCUAAGCGUGUGACUAUUGUGUGGACUGUCGUCUGUAUGGCGGGUACGUUUGUAUAUGGUUUGCAACCUCUUGUUACGGGUGUGCGUGUACUGCCACUGAAGAUGUGGUAUCCCUUUGAUCCAUUGCAACCUUAUGUCUAUGAAUUGCUCUAUGUGCAGCAAUUGUCGGCUCAAAUAGUAAUGGGCAUCACUUUUAGCAAUGGCUCCAGUUUAUUUGUUUCGCUGGUUAUACUCAUGUGUGGACAAUUUGAUGUGCUUUUUUGCAGUCUGAAGAAUUUCACUUAUUAUUCACGUUUACGUGCCAAUUUUGAGCUUGAAAAGUUGAGCAAAGAGCAGGCUGAACUACCAACAUAUUUGGACGACGAAUUGAAUCAGUAUUUGUACUGCAAGGAACUUUUAACCGAUCUCUCUAUACUCGAACAUUUACACGCCCUGCAACCACCAAAAGCUUUUCCUGCAGCUCUGAAAUCUGGUGUAGAGCAGUGCGUUCACCUGCAUCGCUUUAUUUUGGAAGCCUGCAAGGAGAUGGAAGAACUUUUUAAUCCCUAUUGUCUUGUUAAAUCGAUACAAGUUACGUUGCAGCUCUGUUUGCUUGUUUUCGUUGGCGUUGCUGGCGAACGUUCGUUGGUACGCAUUUUGAAUUUGGUCCAAUAUCUAACUUUAACAGUCAUCGAGUUACUUAUGUUUACUUAUUUUGGUGAGUUGUUACGCGAACAUAGUUUACGUUGUGGUGAAGCUUUCUGGCGAUCACAAUGGUGGACUCAUACACAUAUUAGUGCUAUACGUCAGGAUGUUCUCAUCAUGUUGGUGAAUACCAAACGUGCUGUGCGGCUAACAGCGGGUAAAUUCUAUGUAAUGGACAUUGAACGUUUGAGGUCGGUAGUUACUCAAGCAUUCUCGUUUUUGACACUGUUGCAGAAAUUAGCGGCUAAGCCUUAA